CGCUCCUUCACAACACACUCGAAGGCAUCGUGUAUUCACCCAUACACAGCGGUUUUACACUUGAAGCGUUCAGCACAUUGCCCCGUGUAAUCGCACCCUUUUGCUUUCAACGCUUUGAUAUUGGCCUACAAACGAUAUUUCAGCUCUUAUAAAAAGCCUUCCUUAAGAGAAUUUAUUAUUACAACUUCCUAUCCUGCCCAACUGCUGUCUUGGCCCAUUUCAGCGUCUAGGUCCACCACCGCACAAGAAUGGGCAAAAAGAAAGCUUUUAUCGAUAAAAAGAAAGCUGUAACUUAUAACCUUGUCUACCGUGACCCAGCCGAAGACCCGGAGGGCGAGGAUGGCGGCCAGCGUACUCUGGCGCCUAUCGGAGGCCAGCGAGGGGCGCAAGAAGACUAUUACGAACAGUAUGACGAUGAAGAAUCGUUGUACGAGUCCGAAUACAGCAUGGCAAUGUCCAGGAGCGCCGCCGCCCACCACGACGAGUCGUACACCCUGCCUCCCGAGCGCCGUCGCGAGCUGGUGUCGCUGGGCUUCCCGGACGACGGAUACGACUACCUGCGACAUAUGCGGGACCUGGGCAGGGGGCGGCCGGCGGCGGGAGGGGGCCGGGAGGGCGGAGUGGAGACCAUUCCCGAGGACCAGGAGCUGGAGGGCUUUGAGGAGGAGGGUGAUGAGGAGGGGGGAGACAGCGAGGAGGAGGAUUUCACCAUUUACGACGAACUGCUGCCACCGCAACAGCAGCAGCAGCCAGGCCCCGGGGCCGCGGGCGCCUCUACCUCAGCCGCUGCUGCUGCUGCUGCCACAAAGCUCAACGCAGCAGCGCUAGCAGCUGCCGAGGCCGCCGCCGCCGCAGCAGCAGCAGCCGGCCCCAGCACGUCCACCUCCUCCGCUGCGGCUGCAGCAGCAGCAGCAGGCCGUGCCGCCUCCGCUGCUGCUACAGGACCCGGCCCCGGCAGCGCUCGCGUCGGCGGCAUGCAACACCGCAGCGGCGGCAGCGGCGCGGCAGCCUCCGUUCGCGUGGGCGGGGGCACUGUUGCCGGCAGCGUGCGCGGGGGGGCCGCUCGCAGUGUUGCCAGCACCAGUCGCACGGACGGCUCGGGUCUGGGUCCCUCCGUGUUCGUGCGGGCUACUCGGCUGGUGGCCCCCAGGGAGGACGUGCGAGUGGUGGACGCGCGCAGGCUGCAGGUGCGACCCAAGGGUCACGACGAGGCGGCUGCCGCGGAGGCGAUGCCCGAGAUCAGCGCGCAAACACAGCCCACGGAGCUGCGCGGCCACCGGGGGAGGCUGUACCAGGACCUGGAUGAGGUGGAGAAGUGCAUGGCUGCCCUGGAGAACGGCAACGACCCGGACCGGGCGGAGCGGGUGGAGGGAGACGAGUGGGCGGACUGGUUGGACGAGUUCGUGGCGGGGGGCGGGGACGAGGAGGGCGCGGCGGGGGCGGCUGCAGGGCCGUCGGGUGGUGAGGAGGAGGGAGAUGAUGAUGAGGAGGAGGAGGGUGGGGGAGAGAGCGAGGAGCCGGAGGAGGACGAGGAGCAGGAUGAGUGGCGGAUGCGGCACCGCCGGCAGCAGCAGCAGCAGGGGCAGCCGCUGCAGGGGCAGGAGGCGGCGGCAGCAGCGGGAACUGCGGCAGCAGCGGUGGGACCUGGUUCCGUACGUGGCGGUGGUGACGGCGGGGGGGUGGCGGCUGCCUCGGUGGUGUCUAGCUUCUGGCGGCCGGAGCGGCGGGACCGCAAGCAGGGUUUCGAGGCGCUCGACGCGCAGUUCGAGCGGUUGGCGGUGGAGUACGACGACGAGGAGAUCGGAGCGCUGGAGGACGAGGAAGAUCCGCGGUACGGCAACCAUCAUGAUGACGAUGAUAAUGAUGGGGAGGAGGAGGAGAUUGAGGAGGAGGCGGGGGCGGCAGCCGCUCGUCGCGGGGCCCAACAGAAGGGCCGCGCGGCUGCUGCUGCCGCGGGCACGUGUGAGCUGUCUGACUUCGCCGACGUGCUGGAUGAAUUCCUGGCUGAGCACCGGUCGACGGAGGAGCUGGAGGCGGAGGGGUUGAAGCUGAAGCCCGCGGACGAUGUUGUGGCGCAGGCCACCCGCCCCGACCCGCAGGCCCUGGCUGCCACCCGGGCUCGCAUGCACCGGCAGCUGGCGGCGGAGGAGCGGGCGGCGGCGGCGGCGGCAGCAGCGGGCCGGGAGGACGGCGGCUGGGAGGUAACGGGCGACGCGGGGGAGCGGCGGAGCACGCUGGUGGUGGCGGAGGCGGAGCGGUGGGACUGCGAGUCCAUCCUGUCACUGACGUCAAAUCUGGAGCACCACCCAGCGAAGAUUGUGGAGCCGCAGCGGCGCAGCGGCGGGCGGGGCGGCGGGCUGAUCCGGUUGUCGGCGAAGACGGGGAUGCCGGUGCUGGCGGCGGCGGCUGGGGGUGUGGGAGGGGCGGCGGCGGUCAUUCCGGAGGAGGAGGAGGAGCAGGAGGAGGAGCGGAGUGCGAGGGGGAGUGAGAGCGAUGAGGGCGCCAGUGUGCUGGACCCGGCGCUGCUGCAGCGGCGGAAGGGCGAGACGGCGGAGGAGCGCAAGGCACGUAAGGCGGCGGUGAAGGAGGCGCGGAAGGCGCAGAGGACAGCGAAGAAGGAGAUGAAGAACCUGUUCCGGCAGCAGGCCUCCAAGGCGCAGAAGCAGUCCGCGGGGCGGUCGCAAGCGGCCGGUUCGACCUACGUCAUCCCCUAGGCCCAUGCGUGGCCUGCAGAUUAGGACACUGAAGGCGCGGACAGACAGCCCUGAUUGGUUGUGGCAUAUGGGUAUAGCUUGGUGGGUUGUCUGCGGGGGACUUUGCACACGGAGGUGCCAGGAAUGCAAGGUUUGUGCGGGAGCGAUUGAGUUGCGUGUAUGUUGGCGGUGGUGCGGGCGCAAUCGGGUGGCGCUGCCUAACUGUGGGACAAUUCACGAGCGCCGAAGGGGCGGAAAGGGUACCGUAUUACCAUUAUUGGAAUGUCAGGCCGGCGUGAGUUAUCUGGGGCCGUGCAGGUCCUCCGAACGUGAUGUUUGGGCACAGGUGCUGGGUUCCCUCGCGGCUGCGUUUGCAUGCUAAGCAGCUGAGAAUCUCCAUUUUGGUACCGGUGUACUAUCUCCCGACAGGGUCCACUGUAGGACACUGGAUGAAGUGCACCAAGAAGUUGUAAAAGAAACAUGUGUUGGCUAUCAUGUGGAAGGUGGUCUUGGAUAGCGCCGUGCAUGUCCGCAGUGCAAACUGAUGUCGCGGCUCUCUCUGCGGAGGGGAUGCGAGGUUAUGCUAGACUUUCCUAAGGAAUCUAUAGCUUUGUGCGCAAGUGGCAGACGCACAGACCAUACAUAUGGGGCCUCCCGCGCUCUGCGCUUGUAUGA